UCCAGGUCCCGCCUCUGACGCUUUAUGAAAGCUGGCUUCGCUCUGUUCAUCACUCUGCUGAUCAGACUGACAUCAUGCUGCUCACCGUCUGCGCUCUGCUCCCUGCUCUGGCAGUGGUCAGCUCACAGAAAGUAGUGACGCAAAAGCCUCCAGUUAUAACAGUAGAUAAGGGGAACUCUGUCACUAUGGACUGUAACAUCGCAAAGGAUGAAAGCUACUAUGUCUCCUGGUAUAAACAGAUUCCACCAGCAGCUCCAGAGUUUGUGUUGAGAUUUUAUCAUUCUCACUCCGCUCCUGAUAAAUACGGAGACAAUUUUUCAUCAACACGCUUCACAUCUAAAGCCUCAUCAAGCAUCGACUAUCAGUUAAUAAUCAGUAAUGUGGAGGUGGGAGACUCAGCAGUGUAUUACUGUAACACAUGGGAUAACUCUGCUAGUGUAGUUGUACCACACACGUCCCUGCAGUCUCUCCUUUAUCUGCUCCUCACGCUGCUCAUCUCUUCACUCAGCACGAGAGUCCCAUCACACACAGACACCAUGCUGCCAGCGCUCUGCUCUCUCUUCACUGCUCUCUCAUGUGUCAGUGGUGUGACUGUGGUGACGCAGAAGCCUCCUGUUCUCACACUGACUCAAGGACAGACGGCCACCAUGGACUGUAACCUUGGGACUGCUUCUAAUGGAGUUGCAUACUGGUACAAACAGGUUCCUGGAGGAGUUCCUCAGUAUGUGUUAAAAAAUUAUCACAGCUGGAGCGCUCCUAACUAUGGAUCUGGUUUCUCAUCUUCUAAAUUUAAAUCAACAUGUUCAUCUUCAUCAGACUGUAAUGUGGUCAUUAAUAAUGUGGAGGUGGGAGACUCAGCAGUGUAUUACUGUAAGACAUGGGACAGCUCUGCUAGUGAGUACGUAUUCGGCCAAGGAUCAAAGCUGAUCGUCAGCGACGCUGCUCUCCCGGCUCCUGUUCUGACCGUUCUCCCUCCGUCCAGUAAACAGCUGGAGUCUAAAAAAGCCACUCUAGUGUGUUUGGCCAGCGAGGUGGCCGGUGGUUUUGCUGAUGUGCGUUGGCUCGUGAACGGGAACUCGGUCACCAGUGGAGUCAUCACCGGCUCUGCACUGCAGCAAACCAAUAAGAAAUUCACACUGAGCAGCUAUUUGACCGUCGACAGCUCCGAGUGGGAAAACAACAAAGACAUAACAUGUGAAGUGUCUGCUGGAGGAAAAGCUGCAUCGGUGAAGAUUAACAAGUCUGAAUGCAGUGAAUGAACCUGAUUACUGUUUAUAUAUUAAUUAUUUAGCUGAAUUUUAUAAGUGUUUUAGAUUAAUUUAGAGAGAAAG